AUGGAUAACUUACUUGCCGCCGUGGAGUUCCCUGUUUCAAUCAACAACCAGCAAAAGGUGGAACAAAUAAUACACUAUGCGUCCAUAGCCAAUGUAAUUGUUUCACUUGCUAUCGGUAUUGCCACCAAUUCAUUGCGAUACUUGUCUUACGCUUUUGGCAUUCAGUUCAUUGCAUUGAUUUUGAUAGUCGCACCUAAUUUCUGGUUCAAUAGUGCUCCGCCAAUUCAAUGGUUGAAUAUCAAGUAUUGA